AGGGCUCUCUGUGCUGUCUUUGCUGCAGUGGAUGUUCGCCCCUCUCCUCCUCCUCCUGGCCCGGCUCGGCUGCAGCACCCAACACGUUUACCAAUGGAGAGAUGCUGCAUCCAACGAGCAGCUCACGUGCCAGCGGUGCCCACCGGGCACCUUCAUGGCCCAGCACUGCACCAGGGACAGGCCGACGCGGUGCGAGCCCUGCCCGGAUUUGCACUACACGCAGUACUGGAACUACCUGGACAAGUGCCGCUACUGCAACGUCAUCUGCGGGGAGAGGCAGGUGGAGGUGCAGCAGUGCAACGCCACCCACAACCGCGUCUGCCAGUGCCAGGAUGGAUACUACUCCGAGAUGGAAUUCUGCACCCAGCAUUCCAAGUGUCCGCCGGGCUUCGGCGUGGAGAAGCGGGGUACCCCCUUUGAGAACACCCAGUGCAGCGCCUGCCCCCGGGGCUUCUUCUCUUCCUCGGCCUCCAGCACGGAGCCGUGCCAGCCCCACCAGGACUGCGAGCAGCAGGGCAAGGUGGUCAACGUGGAGGGCAACCAGUACCACGACACCCUGUGCACCUCCUGCAGGAGGGACGGGGGCAACAGCACGCAGGAGCCAGCAGCUCCAGGCGAUGACGACUGUGAGCAAGCCAUGAUCGACUUCGUGGCGUACCAGAACAUCCCCAUCCGGAAGCUGAAGCGCCUGCAGCAGAUCCUGGAGCAGCCACCGAGGACGCAGGCAUUGGGCACCCGGGCGGCCAUGCAGGAGAAGUUCAGGGCUUUCCUCACCCACCUCAGAGAGGGGAACCCGGUCACCAAGGAGCUGCUGCGGGCGCUGAGGACUGCCAAGCUGCACUCCAUCGAGGAGCAGGUCCGCAAGCGCUUCCUCCUGCGCUGAGAACACGAACUGCA